AUGGGAAGGAAGCUAAAGGGGAAACUUGGUGGUGGCAAGGGGCUAAGGGGAGCUUUAGCUCGUCAGGCAAUGCUUGAAAAGACCAAACCCAAGAUGGAAACUAGCUUAACUAAUAAAUUGAAACCCAAAGUGAAUCACAAGCAGCAACAGAGCACCACACCCAAAAAAGGGCUUAUACCCUUUGACACUGAUAGCACGUUACUUCUAGUAGGAGAAGGUGACUUUUCAUUUGCCAGAUCAAUUGUUGCUGAAGGACUUAUUAGUCCUGAAAACUUGGUGGCUACUAGUUAUGAUUCUCUUGAGGAAUUGAAGUCCAAAUACCCUCAAGUUGAAGAGAACUUGGAGGUGCUAGAAAACGAUAAUGUCAAAGUAUUAUACAACAUAGAUGCUACCAAGUUAGUAGAAACUUUGAAUUUAGCAAGGAAGUCAUCGCCCAUGAAACUCUUUACAGGUAAUAAGCACUUAACUUCAAUCAUGUUUAACUUCCCUCAUACUGGACGUGGAAUGAAAGAUGUAGAUAGAAACAUAAGAGAUCAUCAAAAACUAAUGUUGGACUUCUUUAGGAGCUCCAAACAAGUGUUCAGGUUGAUCAACAAUCAAACCAAGAAUGACUUUGGAGGCUACGAUGCGAGUCAAUCGAACAACUCCAAAAUCAUCUUCACUUUGUUCGAGGGAGAACCCUACAAUUCUUGGGGUGUUAAGAUGAUUGCCAGAAGUGAAGGAUAUAAGGUAGAAAGAAGUGGUGUUUUCGACUGGUCUCUUUUCCCUGGCUAUCACCACAGAAGAACUAAUGGGGUGCGAGAUACAACCAAACCAGCAGCAGAAAGGAAUGCUAGAAUCUAUAUACUUGAAAAGUUUGUGGCUCCUAAAAAGCAAAAGAAAUCUAAAACUGAUUCUGACUCAGAUUCCGAUGAUUAA